CAGUUGGACGCGACACUCCGCUGAGAGAGGAGCAUAGUGCUGAAGUGCUGAAUUCACCUUGUUUCCACCUUUAUUAGUUUUUUUUCUCAUACUGCAUCUUCCUUCAUAUUUUACUACGCAAUUUUUCUUCAUUUUUUGUGCAUACAAAAAAGCUCUAAAGUUUUCACCUUCGUGCAACUAAUCAGUUCCAAAAUAUAGUUGUGCUGAGGUUACCAAAAAAAAAACAAGAAUUAUUCACAAAAGAACAGAAAAUACUACCAUCUAAUAAUUUCUACUAGCCGAGGAUUUCAAAUGGCGCUUGUAGACUUGGAAUACGAUCUCGAUGAGGCUCUCAAGCGUGAAAAUCUCUCAAGAGAUGAUUUAAGCAAAUUGAGAGAACCACCAAUUCCAGGCGUUCCCACCAACAUAACAGACAAACAGUUAGCCCACUUCUUAAAUGCCUGCGGCAAAGUUGAGGAAGCACGCAAAGUUAUUAAAAUCUACUAUGAGGCAAGAAAAAAUUCCCCCGAACUCUUUUCCGGACGAGAUCCCAAUCGAAAUGAAGUGCAGAAGUGUCUGCAGAGUCAGGACUACUUCUACUUGCCAUUGAAUCCACAAGGCUACCAUGUAGUCUUCCAUCGUCUGUCCGACUACAAAAUAUCCAGCUACCACUUUGAGAAUGCCAUAAGGACGUACUUUAUGUUGGUAGAUACCUGCCUCAGCAAACAGGGACCACGACCUGGAAUUAUUUUCCUGUUUGACAUGAAAGGAGUCUCUCUGGGUCAUCUGACGCGAGUUCGUAUCUCAACAAUACGGAAAUUCUUUCACUACGUUCAGGAAGGACUACCUGCGAAAUUAUCCGCCAUCCACGUGCUCAACGUGGUAUCCUUCUUUGACAAAGUCCUAGCACUCAUAAAGCCUUUCAUGAAGGCUGAGAUACUCAAAGUACUCCAUUUGCACACAUCAGACUUGAAGAUGGAGGAAUUCUAUGAGAAGUAUAUUCCACGGAGUUGCCUCCCAUCUGACUUUGGUGGGGACUGCCCAUCUGUUGCAGAAAUGCACGAAGCCUUCACGAAAGAACUCCUAGGAAUGAAGGACUACUUCUUGUCCGACGAUAGAAUGAUCUAUGGGGACGAAAAAGUUGAGAAGGCAGAAGAAGUUGAACAUAAGUUCACAAAAUUGGAGAUUGAUUAGCAAUUUGAAAUUGUGAGCAUAAACAUAUUCGAGGGCCAAAUAUAUAGAUAAAUAUUUUUGUAUAUUGCGGGUUAAUGUUACCAUUUGUUUCUACUAUGUAUAGUGCACUUUUUAUGAUGAUUCCAUGUACACAAAAACGAUUUUAACGUAUGAAAAUAAAGUAUUUUGUACGA